GUUACAAGUUGAAUUACAAAAUAUAAUUAAAAAUAGGGAUGAAUUACGUGAUGAAUUAUCUAAUGUAACAAAGAAUGAAAAUAUGUUACAACAAGAAUUACAAAAUCUAACAAUGAAUAAUGAAGAUUUACAAGAAAAAUUAACGGAAUUAAGAAAUGAUUAUAAUUCAAAAAAGAAAGAAUUAAAUGAUGUCAUCUCUCAUCGUGAUGAAUUAUCUUCUGAUAAAAGUUUUUCAACUUCAAAAAUUCUUCAAUUACAAGUUGAUUUGGAUUCUUCCCGACAAAAUUUUAAUUCAAAAUGUCAAGAAUUGGAUAAUUCAAGACAAGAAUUAAAUAUUAUUCAACAAGAAUUAAAUUCAUCAAAAAAUGAAAUCAUUUCUUUAAAACAAGAUUUGGAAUCUUCUAAAAGUGAAUUAAAUUCUACUCAACAACAAUUAAAUUCUACUCGACAACAAUCAAAUUCUUUACAAGAUGAUCUUAACGGUUUACAAAAUAUACAAGAAAAAUAUAAUAUAUUAAAAUCUCAACAUAAUGAAUUAUUACAACGAAAUAAUGAUCUUAUGGUAGAAUUAGAAAAAUCUCAAAUAAUGUCCAAUAAUUUAUCAAAAUCACGAGAUGAAUAUAAGCAUCAAACUGAACAACAAAUCAUAAAAUUAAAAGAAGAAAAAGAAAAGAUUAUUAGAGAUAAAAAUGUGAUUGAAGUAGAAAAUGAUUUGUUAAAAUCACAAAAAGUUUUAUUACAAGAAUCAUUAAAUAAGUUGAAUAAUGAAGAAAAAGUAAUUAAUCAUCAAGAAUUACAAAAAGAUCGAAAUAUUGAUAUCAAAGAAUCAAAAGAUAUUGUUAAUAGAGAAGUUAUACGAUCGGAUCCACCUCCUAUACAAAGAAGAUCUUCUAAACGCACUUCAACUAUAAUAAAAAGUUAUGGAUCACAAGAUUCCUUAAAGAAUUUAGGUCAAGAAUCUGCCAGUAUAGUACAAGCAACUUUAGUUAAAGUAGAACAUCGUCCACAACAGGUUAUUAUAAAUGGUACAUCCCAAUCUCAUCAAAUAUCGCAUAAUACUUCUUCUUCAAUUCGUCCUGUCACUUCAGUAUCUUCAAUUAAUACUAUAAUUCAACAACAACAACAAAAAAGACGUACUAAUUAUCCUGACGAAACAACCAUACCAAUGAGUGGAAAUAAUGUUGUACCUACUUCUUCUACUUCUCGUAGACGCGUAAUUUCUACGUCAGGAAGUCAAUCUUCCGUGAUUAAUAAAACUUCUAAAAGGUUAUCAUCAAUCUAUUCAACUAAUGAAGAAAUAAAUGACGAUUCUGGUGUUUACCUUCCAAAGAUUGUUUCUCCUGUUCCCACUAGACCAACAACUUAUUUAAUUACUUCUAAUAAAGGAAAUGAUGGUGGUGAUCAAUAUACUUACGAUGAACCGAGUCAUUUUGUUCAUAAUUCUCGUAGUUCGGAAUCUAUUCAUAAUCAUAAUAAUAAUAGUACAACUUCAUUAAGUAAAAGAACUUCAUUGUAUAAUCCACCAUCCCCAUCACAAAUACCAAAAUUAGUUGAUGUUAACAAACGAUCAUCAGGUAAUUAUAAUUCCGCAAAACCGUUACCUUCUAUCCCUAAGAAUAAAUCAGAUGAAUUAGAUUCAAGUGCAUCAAGCAUAAAAAGCAGACGAAGUAUAGUAUCAUUGAAGGGUAAAAGAUUAAGUAUCUUGAGUAGUAAUAAGAAAGAAGAAGAAGUUCCUCUAUGUGAUUACUGUGUUCGAAACCCUUGUAAGAAAAAGGCAGUUCUUAAAGGUUAUAGUAAAUAUUGUAGUAACGAAUGUAAAAAAAUGGCUCAAAUUGCAAUUGAUAGUACAAGUGAUGUAUCACAAUUUAAUGAGCCGAAAACACGGUCAUCAUAUAGUAGUUCUAUUCGUAACUCAACAGAUUCUUUAUCUAAAUAAUGUGUUACAGUGUUAGCCUAUUAUAUUUUAUUUAUUGGGUUAUUUUUUUUAUUUUUGUUAUUUUUUUUUCUU